CACAGACACUCUUUACAUGAUGUGGCUUCUAAAGACUCAAGGACCACCCAUCUUACUAGUCUGCAAUGGCAAAGGCAGAAAUGGAUAUUCAAACCCCACAGCCUCUGUUCUGUUAUUAAUCACUCUGUAGACAUGUUCCCCCAGUACAGAGAGUGAACCGCACCAAGGGGGAAAGUUCCAGGGGCCCCCAAACCACCAACACUCUUGUCUCUCCCCCUGGAGAAAAAGCAGAACUAUGGCGUUUAAUAGAUGUUGUUUGAUCUUCUUGGCAAUUACCUGGUGCACUUCUGCCUAUGGGCCUGACCAACGAGCCCAGAAGAAAGGGGACAUUAUCCUCGGGGGGCUCUUUCCUAUUCAUUUUGGAGUAGCAGCCAAAGAUCAAGAUCUAAAGUCAAGGCCGGAAUCUGUGGAAUGUAUCAGGUACAAUUUCCGUGGGUUUCGUUGGUUACAAGCAAUGAUAUUUGCCAUCGAGGAAAUCAACAGCAGCCCAGCCCUUCUUCCCAACAUGACACUGGGAUACAGAAUAUUUGACACUUGCAACACCGUUUCUAAAGCCUUGGAGGCCACCCUGAGUUUUGUGGCACAGAAUAAAAUUGAUUCUCUGAACCUUGACGAGUUCUGCAACUGCUCAGAGCAUAUCCCCUCUACCAUCGCUGUGGUGGGAGCAACUGGCUCAGGCAUCUCCACAGCAGUGGCAAACCUGCUGGGCCUCUUCUACAUCCCCCAGGUCAGCUAUGCCUCCUCCAGCAGACUCCUCAGCAACAAGAAUCAGUUCAAGUCAUUCCUCCGUACCAUCCCCAAUGAUGAACACCAGGCCACCGCCAUGGCAGACAUUAUUGAGUAUUUCCGCUGGAACUGGGUGGGCACAAUUGCAGCUGAUGAUGACUACGGACGGCCAGGGAUUGAGAAGUUUCGUGAGGAAGCAGAGGAGAGGGACAUCUGCAUUGACUUCAGUGAACUCAUCUCCCAGUAUUCUGAUGAGGAAGAGAUCCAGCAAGUGGUGGAGGUGAUCCAGAAUUCCACAGCCAAAGUCAUUGUUGUUUUCUCCAGUGGCCCAGACCUCGAACCCCUCAUCAAGGAGAUCGUCCGGCGCAAUAUCACAGGGAGGAUCUGGCUGGCCAGUGAGGCUUGGGCCAGUUCUUCCUUGAUUGCUAUGCCCGAGUACUUCCAUGUGGUUGGAGGCACCAUUGGAUUCGCUCUGAAGGCUGGGCAGAUCCCAGGUUUCCGGGAAUUCCUGCAGAAAGUCCAUCCCAGGAAGUCUAUCCACAAUGGUUUUGCCAAGGAGUUUUGGGAAGAAACAUUUAACUGCCACCUCCAAGAAGGUGCUAAAGGGCCUUUGUCCAUGGACACUUUCCUGAGAGGUCACGAAGAAGGUGGUGGCAGGAUAAGCAACAGCUCCACUGCCUUCCGACCUCUUUGUACAGGGGAUGAGAACAUCAGCAGCGUGGAGACCCCUUAUAUGGAUUAUACACACUUACGAAUUUCCUACAAUGUCUACUUAGCGGUCUAUUCCAUUGCUCAUGCCCUGCAAGAUAUAUACACAUGCUUACCUGGAAGAGGGCUCUUCACCAACGGUUCCUGUGCAGAUAUCAAGAAGGUUGAGGCUUGGCAGGUCCUGAAGCACCUACGGCACCUAAACUUUACCAACAAUAUGGGGGAGCAGGUGACUUUCGAUGAAUGUGGUGACCUGAUGGGGAACUACUCCAUCAUCAACUGGCACCUCUCCCCAGAGGAUGGCUCCAUAGUGUUUAAGGAAGUUGGAUAUUACAACGUCUAUGCCAAGAAAGGAGAAAGGCUCUUCAUCAAUGAGGAGAAAAUCCUGUGGAGUGGGUUCUCCAGGGAGCCCUUCACUUUUGUGCUCUCGGUUCUCCAGGUGCCAUUUUCCAACUGCAGCCGAGACUGCCUGGCAGGGACCAGGAAAGGAAUCAUUGAGGGGGAGCCCACCUGCUGCUUUGAGUGUGUGGAGUGUCCUGAUGGGGAGUACAGUGAUGAAACAGAUGCAAGUGCCUGUGACAAGUGCCCCGAUGACUUCUGGUCCAAUGAAAACCACACUUCCUGCAUUGCCAAAGAGAUUGAGUUUCUGUCCUGGACAGAGCCCUUUGGGAUUGCACUCACCCUCUUUGCCGUGCUGGGCAUUUUCCUGACAGCCUUCGUGCUUGGUGUUUUCAUCAAAUUCCGUAACACACCCAUCGUCAAGGCCACCAACCGAGAGCUCUCCUACCUCCUCCUCUUCUCCCUGCUCUGCUGCUUCUCCAGCUCCCUGUUCUUCAUUGGUGAGCCCCAGGACUGGACAUGCCGCCUGCGCCAGCCAGCCUUUGGUAUCAGCUUCGUGCUCUGCAUAUCAUGCAUCCUGGUGAAAACCAACCGUGUCCUCCUGGUGUUUGAGGCCAAGAUCCCCACGAGCUUCCACCGCAAGUGGUGGGGGCUCAACCUGCAGUUCCUGCUGGUCUUCCUCUGCACCUUCAUGCAGAUUGUCAUCUGCGUGAUCUGGCUCUACACCGCCCCACCCUCAAGCUACCGCAACCAUGAGCUGGAGGAUGAGAUCAUCUUUAUCACAUGCCAUGAGGGCUCCCUUAUGGCACUGGGCUUCUUGAUUGGCUACACCUGUCUGCUGGCGGCCAUCUGCUUCUUCUUUGCCUUCAAGUCCCGGAAGCUGCCAGAGAACUUCAAUGAAGCCAAGUUCAUCACCUUCAGCAUGCUCAUCUUCUUCAUCGUCUGGAUCUCCUUCAUUCCAGCCUACGCCAGCACCUACGGCAAGUUUGUCUCUGCCGUGGAAGUGAUCGCCAUCCUGGCAGCCAGCUUUGGCUUGCUGGCCUGCAUCUUCUUCAACAAGGUCUACAUCAUCCUCUUCAAGCCGUCCCGUAACACCAUCGAGGAGGUGCGCUGCAGCACCGCUGCUCAUGCUUUCAAGGUGGCAGCCCGGGCCACGCUGCGCCGCAGCAACGUCUCCCGCAAGCGGUCCAGCAGCCUCGGGGGCUCCACGGGCUCCACGCCCUCCUCCUCCAUCAGCAGCAAGAGCAACAGCGAGGACCCCUUCCCACAGCCCGAGAGGCAGAAGCUGCAGCAGCCACCACUGGCCCUGCCCCAGCAAGAGCCGCCGCCACGGCAACCCCUGACCCUACGGCCGCAGCCCAGAUGCAAGCAGAAGGUCAUCUUCGGCAGUGGCACCGUCACCUUCUCACUGAGCUUUGACGAGCCUCGGAAGGGUGCCAUGGCUCCCAGGAAUUCCACGCACCAGCACUCCCUGGAGGCCCAGAGAGGCAACGAGACCCUGACCAGACACCAGGCACUGCUCCCGCUGCAGUGCGGGGAGGCGGCCUCAGAACUGACUGUGCAGGACACGGGCCUGCAAGGGCCUGUGGGGGGGGACCGCCGACCAGAGACGGAAGAGCCUGAAGACAUGGCCCCGGCGCUCGUCGUGUCCAGUUCCCAAAGCUUUGUCAUCAGCAGCGCAGGCAGCACCGUCACAGAAAACAUGCUGCGUUCGUAAAAUGGAAGAAGGUGGCCAGUCAGGGAGGAGCCACACAGGUUUCCUGGGAAUGCGUCCUCUGACAGGGAUGAGGAAUUGCCCCCGACUCCUUUCUUCUGUGGAAGGAGGCAUAAGACACACCAAACACCUCAAACUCAGUUGCACUGUUGGAAAGAACAGUGAAUUGACUAAUGUUGCCUUUAAAAUUAAAAAAAAAAAAGAGAGCCACGUGAUGCUGUGGUUGGAUACGUCAGAGUACUGAGAACACCAUAACAAGAUUUGCCAUUCGGGUCCCUUCUCUGUUCUCUUCCUCUGUUCUAUCCCACCCAACAGCCCAGAGAUGAAACCAAGGCUGUAAGCAACCCACCUGUUCCCUCCUUUUGUUCUCAGCACUGAAAUGCCUGCUCUGAACAUUGCAGACACCCUGGCCCAGAGACAGAAGUGUGCAGAGUGACAAAACAUCAGACUGGCCACCACCAGAUUUAAGAGUCUGAAAGACAGAAUGUCACCAGUGCUGCCCAGUACCCUGACAAUGGGAAGAACUUCAAAUGUUCAAAACCGUAAGGUGAACAUGUCUCCUCCUAUUUAUGAAAACCAUAAGAUAUUUGGUCUCCUACUUGCUGCUGCUAUCAUGUGACAUCUAGAAGGUUAGCAUCCCUCCUGUACCAACUGCAUUUGGUCAAGAGUGUGAUAACGACGCCAUGUUUAGAUUCCAGGAGCACAAGAAUCACCUCAGAUUGUUGGCAAGGGACUGCAUGAAUCCAAUGAGCUGUAUCUGUAAUUAAUAUUGCUAAUACGUAGUUUUAUCUUUAAGAAAAUGCUUCUGUUAUAAUAGUUCGUGGAUAAUACAAACUGAAAAAAAAAUGUCACAGUCUGAUUAAUAUAAGGCAGUAUUAUUUAGCGCCUUCCCCAACUUUGCCCACCCCACCACCCUCACCUCCAUGAGCUAAGCCCAAGUGAGU